AAAUGAGCUCUUAGAAGCCAUUUUGCCAUUUAUCAACGUCAUCCAGGAGGGCAGGGCCGCCUCUGGUUCUUUAAAAUCUUUAUUAAAAAGUAAACCACUGGUAUAAUUUUAAUUUUAUGAAAUCAAGAUCUAAACUUCAUAAUUCUUUUUCCCUUAUUUCAUUCGCUCCAACUCCAAGUCAAUGAUUGUUCAGAAAAAGGAAAAACUCCAAGUCAACGAGGUUGUUUCUUGCGGCAAGGAAAUUGGCAAGUGGAGUCCACGCGGUUUGCCUGUUUUCUGAAAUGCGAUGAUAUCAGUUUCUAGCUAUUCUUCAUCUGGUGUAACUUGGAAAAGUUGUUCUUGAUUCAUCGUACUGUAAAUUCGGAGGGGAUGGAGAAGGAAAGACAGAAAUGCUGGCUGGAAAAUGGAAGCAAGUUACUGGAGGAGAGGAUAGCGUUUGGUAACGGUGGAGGGAAUCCUAUAAAGACCUUCUCGGCCGACAAACUUCACGAAGCCAUUGAAGAUUUCAGGAAAAAGCAUCCACUCAAUUCCAUAAUAGACUUCACAUGGUGCAAAGGAAUAAUGGAUGGUCGCCUUCUUUUAAUAAAGAAGUAUUUCAAGAGUUGUAAAGAAGCUUAUCAGGACAUUGUGAUUACAUCUCACAUGAGCACCCACAACAAUGUUCUCAAGCUCUUAGGCUGCUGUUUGGAGCUUCCUGGUCCAGCUCUAGUUUAUGAAUAUCCUGACAACAGGAGUCUAGAUCACCUGAUUUAUGAUGGAUCACUGCCUUGGAAAACUAGAUUGAAAAUUGCCAAGGAAGUCGCAAGUGCAGUGGCCUAUCUCCACACUGCAUUUUCUAAGCGCAUCGUCCAUAGAGAUGUUAAACCUGAGAAUAUCUUCUUGGACCACAACUUCGCAGCCAAAUUAUCUGAUUUCUCACUUUGCAUAUCAAUUCCUGAAGGGGAAUCGCGUGUCAAAGAUUGUAGUAUAACGGGGACCUGGGGUUUUCUCGACCCUAACUACGUUUUGACGGAGUUCGUGACUGAAAAAACUGACGUCUUCAGCUUUGGAGUGUUCAUGCUUGUCCUUUUAACUGAACAGCCGGCUUUUACUCGACAUUAUUCAGAAAAUGGUGGCUCCGUGGUGGAUCAUGUGGAAUACUUGGUUGAAAGGGAUCGAUUCGAUGAAGUCCCAGGUCCCGGAAUUUUGGAAAAUGGGAGAACAGAAAUUGAGCCACAACUUCGAUCAGAAUUGCAAGCUUUUACAGAACUCGCCUUGAGAUGCACCCAUCUUACAGGGGAAGAUAGACCAUCGAUCCUUGAAGUGGCACAACAACUCCAGAAAAUUUAUAGUACGUCCAUCGCUGAUCCCUAAUGCCUCGCUUACCUUGGUCCAACAGUUGCCAAAUUCAAUUUGCCGCAUCAUGACACUUUACUGUUCAAUAAUAAUCCGAAUGAAAGAACUGUUAGUUUUUGAAAGCACAAUAUUUUGAGACUCCUAUAGUUCAAAUAAUAAAUCUAAAUAGACCAUGAUUUAUGGUGAUGGUCACAGCCAGCAUCAGUGCUUUA